AUGGGAGGGAAGUCAAGGAAGCGCAGCUCAAAUGUUAUAAAUGAAAAACGAAAAGCCCUUACAGUUUCUAAGAGGGUUAAAAUUCCUGAAGAAGAAAGUUCAAUGUUUGAUUAUCCAAUUUCUGAUGAAAUUCAGAAGCGUAUAUCACUAAUUGAUGAGGGAUUUCAUCUCAAGUGCUCUACAGAUUUUCUGUUGUUCUACGAUUUCUGCAAAACUCUUCGUGCCGACAAGCCACUUGAGGCACUAUCAGAUGUUGGACUUCGUCUGGUUGGUCCAUUUGAAAUACUUCAUUUAGGAUCCGAGGAACCAGUCAAAAAAGGGCAAUGGUCAAAUUAUUACCGUUUUUAUCAUGAUCCUCCUGAGUUUGUAACUCUGAUCGUAUGCUUUAGUAAACAAUACCAUAUUGGCUACUUCCGGGAUUCACGCGAAUCUAAAUCAUUUGUUGCCAAAUCAACGCCUAUGUGCAAUGGGAUCUUGGAAUAUUGUGGUCAGAAUUUGUUUGCUUGCCUAAGGUCCAUUCUACAAGAAAGUAAAUCUAGUCAAUCUUUUGACUUACUGAAAAGUCUUAUUGAAUUUGCAUCUUCUAAGAAUAUUUCAACGGAUUUACCAUCUUCUUAUAUGAAGGAUCGAAAAAAACGUCAAGUCUGUGCUACGACAAACCGUAUAGGUUUAAUGAUCGAUGUGAAUAAAAAUGACAUUGGAUAUCGUCCUUUAAAUGUUUCUUACGUUGAAUUGAACAACAGACUGGAAGAUAUUGUCAAUGAAAAGUCAAAAGAACGACAGUUAAUUAAAUUUGCUCCAAUCGACGAAUUAAUUACUUGUGUUCAGUUUGCCAAUGAUGAAGGCGAUUUUGGCCAAGGUCUAGAAUUGGGCUUAUCACUCUUGGCAUUCCACCCCAAAACUCAACCACUAGAGACAGCGAACGUAUUCAACAACAAAAUUAAACAUUUAUUGUCUGUUGGUUAUGCUUUAGCCAAUAGAAAGGAAUUCAGUCAAGUAAUUCAGUCUCAUAUGGAUGACAGACGCAUUGAACCACUAACUUUCACAUAA